AUGCCUGCGGUCGUGGACGCGACGGGCCUGCCGCCUGGGGAGGUGGUGUCGCAGCUCGCGGCGCUGGCGGCCGCCAAGGAGGUCAGCUUCGACCUGUCGCCAAAGCAGGCGCUCGCGUGGAAGGUGCUCCACACCCCGCACGACCUGCCCGGCCUGGCAUCCCGCCUGGCGUCCCGCCUGGCGCGCGUUGUGGCGUCGUCUGUGUCGCGCCUGGACGCCGCGUACGCCGCGCUGGCGGGCGCGGCGGUGUAUGGCGGCGACGCGGACGCGCAGGAGCGCCACCUGCGGGGCGCGAUACGCGACUACUUUGGGGGCGACAUGGUGCAGCAGCAGGAAGACCAGCAGCAACCGGCACUACACCAUCAUCAUCAUCAUCAUCAGCAGCAGCAGCAGCAGCAGCAGCAGCAGCAGCAGCAGCAGCAGGAGGAGGAACAGCAGCAACAGCCGCAACAACAGCAGCAAGAGCAAGGGGAACAACAGCAGCAGCAGCAGCAGCAGCAGGAGGAGGAGGACAAAGAGGAGGCUCGACAGCAGCAGCAGGCAGGGGAGGACGAUGCGUGGGAGGCGCUGUGGGGCGGCUCCAGCCCUGUGCAGCGGCCGCUUCCCGACCACCUGCGCCGCAUGGUGCGCGGCUUCCUGCGUGCUGAGGCGGCGCGCAUGCGCGCCGUGGGGCGAGAGCGGCUGAGCGGGCUGGCGGUCGCGCGCCUGCUUGCCGGGCUGGCGAGCCCCGCGUUCCCGGCCGAUGCGUGGCGCCGGGUGUCUGAAUGGGGGCGGCUGCAGGCGGUGGAUUUUCCCCUGCUGGUGGCAGCGGCGGAUGCCGAGUUGCCGGCGCUGUGGGAGGAUGAGGGCGGUGCAGCGUGA